ACCAUCUCGACGUAAACGGGAAAUCGAGGUUUACCUCUAGUUUUAAAUCUGGCCAUGCCCUGACCAAUAUGGCGUCAUGGUUGACGUAUCGCCACGGUGGCUACAUGCUGCUGUGGAUGUUAGCAUAGCAUUAACCGUCCAUGAGUGUGUGCGCGCGCUUGUGUAGCAGCGAUGAGAGUCAGUCGGAGGCCGCAGCCGUUCACCGCGACAACUCUUCACCGCGUUUCCUUUGUCCUCCUCCUUUACUCCUCCUUACUUCAGCCCGCUGACGCGUGCGCUGCUGCCGCGGAGGACACAGAGGAGGGGGUGGCGGGUACCGGAACUAGCAGCGACGUCGCCCUCAUAUUAUGCCGAGCGUGCGGACACGAGCUGGCGGUCGGUGCCGACAUCCACUCGGUGCCGAGCAGACUGUCUCUGUCCGGCCGCAACGACACGCUGGUGGGAGGCCGCAGAGUCCACGUGCAGCUGUUUGAAAACCCGCACGGACACAAGUUCGAGGUGAUCACGUUCAGGAGGGCGGACGUCGACGUGCACUGGCCCGCAGACAAACACUUCUCCUGGUUCCCGGGCUUCUCCUGGACCGUGGCCACCUGUCCCCGCUGUCACACUCAUUUAGGUUGGGCGUUCCAGCCGAGCGUUUGGCCCGACAUCGUCAGUAAAACCACUUUCCUGGAGUCCAAGGAAACUUUCCUGGCUUUAAUAACGCAUCGAUUGUUACGUGAAGACUUUGCAUCGAGUUUGUUAAUGACUCCAAAAUCCUUCACCAGCUGAUGACGGACUUACAAACACUGUACAUUUAAACCCAGGUGCCUUUUCCUCUGCCUGAUCAAAAUGGCUUCUUUUCCCCACAGCAGAAAAAGUUAAGUGUUUUUAUUUCAUAUUUCUUUAUUUUAACCCAUAAAGCAAGCUUG